GUUUGCUAUUAUAUUGUCUUUUUCAUAUUCAAAGUAGUUUUAAGUUACAAGUUUCUGAUAUGUAAAAUAGCUAAAAUAUCUAAAACUAAAGUCUAAUAAUUUUUUGUAUACCUGAAUAUUUUUUAAUUUUUUAUGUCCCCAUUAAACUUUACUAGUUAUGGCCCUUAAUGUAAAUUCUUCUGGUUAGCUUUUUAUAUCUCAAAACUCAUACUAUAAAACAUUGAUUCGAAAACUUUCACACACACAAUCAACCACAUCCCCUACUUUUUUCUUAUUCGUCUCAAUCUCUCUUUCUCUCUCUCUAAUGACGAGUAGUAGUGGAAGCCUCAAACUAGAGAUCCACACCGACGACAAGACGCCGGGAAAGUGGAGCGUACCGCUCGGCGAUGAAUCUUUCCGAAGGUUCUUGAGCGGAGGAGGAGGCUCGGAGAAAGCUGUGUUCGGUGAGGGAUCACUUUACAGCCCAUUUUUGUUUGGGAAGUACUUUGAUCCAUCAGAUGCAUUUCCGUUGUGGGAGUUUGAGGCUGAGGUUCUGCUGGCGAGCCUCAGAAGCUUAGGACACUGUAGAGUUGAUUGGUCUCAGACCGAUCAAGCUUAUGUCCUUAAAUCCGAUCUCCCCGGUACGUACGUGUAUGUGGACGUUAGUGGAAAAGUGAUGGAGAUUAGUGGCCAAUGGAACAACAACAAGAAAACAGCGGUUAACGGUGACUGGAGAAGUGGCAGGUGGUGGGAACACGGCUACGUCCGUCGUCUCGAGCUCCCCGGCGACGCCGACUCUAAAAACUCCGAAGUUUUCUUCUCCAACAACGAAGACUGCUCUUUCUUAGAGAUCCGAAUCCCUAAGAUCAAUUCUAAGAGCAAGUUUUAAUCUGAUGUGGCCUUGAUGAGUAUUAUGUUUAGGGUUUUUUUUUCUCUCUUAACUUUCUCUUCUUUACUACGAGUAUUAUUAAUAUAGAAUGAUCUGUGCUGAAUUUAUGUGGUGGACACACCAAGAUGGAUAAAUGAUAGUAUAUAUUAUAGACAAAUGAUUUAUAAAUCACACACAAGUAUGUGUCCUGUAGAUUUUUUUUUUCUUUCUUGAAUAUGGAAAAUUAAUUUGCACUAAUGCAUGUGUGCGGUAUUAAUGA